AUGACAUGGAGGGGCAGUAAGGUUCUCCGAGUCGCUGCUCUGCAGGCUGGACGGACAGGGACAGAUGCCCGUUUUGUUGGCAGAUGGUGGGGCUCUUCCCUCACACAAUUGGGAGCAGACCUAGGCUGUGUCUCCGAAAUUGGGUUGUCCAACUCACAGCUUGCCCCCCUCCUCCUGGAAGGUUUUUCAGAUGCCGGAUUUACAGCCAUCUGCCAUGGGCCUCCUGAAGAGGGAUUGGCCCCUCGUGGCGGGGCUGGUGUCGCUCUUGUAGUACGUCGCUCCAUCAUCUCCACUUGGUCUGAUAUCUCACGGGAUCGCUUAGGGCGUUGCAUUGCAAGCACUCUGUAUCUCUCCUCAGGUCUACCGCUCCGUGUCAUUGGGGUGUAUGCCAUCACUGGAAGCAGCCUGCCGGGCUUUGAAGGCAACGCUUUCCAAGUUGCUGCUGAAUCGCAACUAGUCCGUUUCAUUCAAGAGCAACUUCAAGCAGCUGACGUUCAAGGCAUGACAUGCCUGCAUUGCGUAUGUCUGGGUGUUUGCUCCACUGUGGAGCGCAUGAGUCUGCUUGUGGCCGCAUCCAGCGGCGGCCUCCAAAUUCCCAGCGUCGUUGAAAGCGUGCUAGCGGCUGCUGCUUCGGAUCUGCUGCUCCUCCUCAGUGGUUACACAACAGCAUCCAUCCUUGCCCGGGAUGCGUUACAGGAGGUUCUCUUCCUCCCCGGAGCGGAAGCCACAAAACAGUUCACGUGGGCUUUAGGGCCGACGGCUGAUUGCUCUGACUCCGUGGUCUAG